CACGGGACCCCGUCCAUACCUCUCAUCGAGGCGGGUUGGGUUCAUUGUGCAGAUGGCUUGCCGCUUGCUCGUCCGACAAGCCCUCAUCCUUGCCAGUCCACCUAGUGCCCCCCCUAACGACCCUCGCGAGCCCUGUCACGCCUUGGCCUUCUUGCUGCCCGAUGCACCUGUGAUUGGCUGUCUCGAGGACUCGUCUACCUUCUGCCGGCCAUCACCCAGAGUUCUCGUCGUCCCUCUCGCGGUGGAGAAGGCCCUUUCAAUGGAGGAGCACGGCACUCGAGGCCAGGCUGUUUCGACCUUCCCGAUUAAUGACUGCUUUGGUGAUGGUCUGUGUCUCGAGAUCGAAACAGUCGACAGGGCUGGACAGGGGCCGACUGGGCUGUGUAGACAUGGAAAACACAAAUGCGGAUACACAUCAGAUAAACAGCAGGGCCAUCAACCACCGGCAUUCACGACUCGGUCAACACCGACAACUAGCCUUUACCUUGCAGUUAAGGGGCACGCCGUUAUGGUUUUCGGCAGGCCUUGAUCCUCUGGCCGGUCUCUGUUAUUUUUACACAAGGGUUGGUGCGGGUUCUUGGAAACGACAGCCUCGCAGUUCUUGUU